GAGCGCGCGCUUUUCCGCUGACUCGGGAGCGCUCGGUUGAGUGUCAAACCGCUCACGCGCUGCUCCCGGAGUCAGCUUCCGGCUUCCGAGGGAUUCAGCGAUCCGAGAUCAAAGGAUUCAUGCUUUACUCUCAUUCUGCUGCUGUAACUUCAGGAUCUUCAUCAAGUUUCAGGAUUAAAAAAUGGUACUUACUAUAAAUAAACCGGAUGGAUGGAGCUGAGAGUGUUGCUUAUGAUGGUUAAGACGUCUGAAUAAGAAACCCCAGAUCUUCCAUGUUGCCUCUGUUAAAGGAAAUAACGUCUAACGUGAUGCUUGGAAAGCAAAGAGAUGCAGUAUGUUGUGGAGAACCAAGAUUCGGCCUGUCUGAAGUGAGAUUAUAACUUGUCAGGGUUGGAGAGCAACCAUGGGGAAAGAGCAGGACCUUCUGCUGGCUGUGAAGAACGGAGAUCUUCUCGCUGCUCAUAAACUCCUCGCCAAGAUCAAGGCCAACCGAAAUAAGUUACUCAGCUCGACAAAGAAACUGAACAUCAACUACCAGGACACGGAUGGGUUUUCGGCUCUACACCAUGCGGCCCUCACCGGCACCACGGACCUGCUGUCUCUGCUUCUGGAUGCCCAGGCAACAGUGGACAUCAAGGACCGCAAUGGAAUGCGACCGCUGCACUACGCUGCCUGGCAGGGAAAGGCCGACUCUGUACUGAUGCUGUUGAGAGCUGGAGCUUCUGUUAACGGAGCGUCACAGGAUGGACAGAUCCCUCUUCACCUGGCUGCUCAGUACGGACACUACGAUGUGUCUGAGAUGCUUCUCCAGCACCAGUCCAACGCCUGUACGGUCAACAAGGCCAAGAAGACCCCACUGGACCUGGCCUGCGAGUUCGGCAGGCUGAAGGUGGUGCAGCUGCUGUUGAGCAGUAACAUGGUAGUGGCUCUACUGGAGGGUAACGGGAGAGACAACACCCCGCUGCACCUCGCCGCCCGCAACGGCCACAAGGACAUCAUCAGGCUGCUCCUGAAAGCAGGAAUCGAUAUCAACAGAACCACUAAAGCUGGAACGGCGCUUCACGAGGCUGCGCUCUACGGCAAAACUGAUGUCGUCAAGCUGCUAUUAGACGCUGGGAUUGAUGUGAACAUCCGGAACACUUAUAACCAAACAGCUCUGGACAUCGUGAACCAGUUCACCACAUCGCACGCCAGCAAAGACAUCAAAGAACUGCUCCGAGAAGCCUCAGGAGCAAUGAAGGUGAGGGCGCUAAAGGACUACUGGAACCUCCACGACCCUACAGCUCUGAACGUACGUGCCGGAGACGUCAUCAUGGUUUUGGAGCAGCACGUAGACGGACGUUGGAAAGGACACAUCCAUGACAGUCAGAGAGGCAUCGACCGUGUGGGAUACUUCCCUCCAUCCAUCGUCGAGGUCAUAACCCGCAGAUCAGGGGGCGUCCUCUCUCGCCAGGCCUCACUGCCCAGCCAAAGACAUCCCACCCUCGCCAGAGCUCCGCCCCCCAGCAGCCCUCACCCUGCCCCCCACACCGACGACUCCUACACCCUGUAUUCACCCACUCAUCCCAACUCACCUCGCCAAAACGGCCUGACCCCAGGAGACAGGAACAGUGUUGGGAGCGCAGGAAGUGUAGGAAGCAGUCGUAGUGCUGGCAGUGGACAGAGCACUGAGGGCAACUUUACCCACAAUGCACAGCAGCAGACCAGCACCACUGCGCAAGACGUCAACAAGGUCUCGCCCUCUGGUGGUGAAGUGGUAGAACAGCAUGGCCUGGCUUCUGAUGUCAUUAACCCUGAGCCUGCAGGUCGCAGGCUGGAUCAGAACGGCUCCAGAGCUGGUGAACAAGCUUUCAGGCCACACGCUGUCCGUCCGGAGCAGUUACUGGAGGGCAGGGAUGCCGAGGCCAUCUUCCAGUGGCUGCGUGAUUUUCAUCUGGAGCAAUACACUACAAACUUCCUCACAGCUGGUUAUGAUGUACCUACCAUAAGCAGGAUGACUCCUGAGGAUCUCACAGCCAUUGGUGUGACGAAGCCAGGUCAUCGCAAGAAGAUCUCCACUGAGAUCAACAAACUGAACAUCCCAGAGUGGCUACCGGACUACAUUCCAGCUGAUAUUGGUGAAUGGCUUGGUACCAUUGGACUCGCUCAGUACCAGAAAAGGCUAGCAGAGAAUGGCUAUGACUCCAUUAACAUUGUGCGAGACAUUACGUGGGAGGACCUGCAGGAAAUUGGCAUCAAUAAACUGGGCCACCAGAAAAAGAUGAUGCUUGCAGUAAAGAAACUUUGUGAUGUGCAAAAGGCUUUGAGGAACCAAGCAGAGGGGAAUGGGACACUGCAGAGAAGGAGACACCCUCCCACCCUGGAGCUGGUUGCUAUUGAGUCGGCCGAUAAUACUGACGACCCUUCCUCACCACUCUCGCCCAAGAUGCUCACCUUCCAGGAUAGUGAGUUAAGCACUGAGCUGCAGAAUGCUAUGAUUCAGAGUGGCAGUGGUGGCUGCCAGGAAGGGUUUGGUGCUGUGCUAAGUGGAAAAGCGACCGUGUCUCUGAGUCAAGAGAGUAUCAGUGCACGCUCACGGGGCACUGGGCACUCGCAGGAAUGGCCUUUGGCUUCUGUGACUUCUAACAGUCACUCAAAUGAGAGUUUGGGCAGUUCAGACUGCAGUGCCCUCAAGGAUUGCCCAGUUCUGCCUGCCAAGGUGGCACCACCAUUACCUCUAAAGAAGCAGCAGUCCACACGUGGCAGCACACCAAUCACACCAAGCAAAACGGCUCGGUUAGCCUACCCUGCUGCCCAGUCCAGCCCUGGGAUCUCUGCAAAACCUGAUGGUUCGUCCAUCCAGAGAGGAUUUAGCUACCUCCAAAAUGCCAAUUCAGAUCAGACUUGCAAAGCUCAAUCCAGACCCAGUGGUGAAAACCACCAUCCAAAGAAGCGCACCCAAAGCCUGUCACGGUAUGCCGUCUCUGAUGGGGAAGAAGAAACCGAAACCCCAGUAUUACCAUCCAACUUGGUCUCGUAUGCUACACUCACACGCAAGCCUGGCCGUGGUCAAACAAUUGCUGCUGCCAAUGACCGGCAGGUGGGUCGGACUCAAUCCUUUAUGAUACGUGCCAAGAGGAAGGGGCCACCCCCACCUCCUCCCAAGCGGCUGAGCUCUGCCUCGAGUGCAGGAAAUAGUGGUGGGGUGGAAGUUGAGAGUGCUGGGAGUGUUCGAAUCAUUGCAGCCAGACUGGAAAAUAGUGGAGAAGGCCUCCCUAAGACCCCCAGCAGCCCCUCGUUCAAAUCUCCCUCAUUGGUAACCCAAUCUAAAACUAUAAGCAUUCAGAGAGAGGCAACCAGUGAGGUAUCUCUAUGUCAAACUGGUCAUGUAGAGUUCAGUGGAGUAAAAUCUGAGGAGCAAGUCAUGAAGCUUCAGUCAAGACAAGAGCAUACUCCUUCCACGUCCCUUCAGGGAACUUUGUGUGAAAGCAUUCCAUUUGCUGAAGAGGGCAAAGGGACCAUAAAGCAGCGGCCAAGAAUUGAAGUGGCUAAAAUGGACACUGAAAUCAGCUUCCAUCCACUGAAACCUGCUCAGCUGCCUAACUCAUCCUUAAAAUUACCGGAGUUCAAUCUGAAAGAGUCAGACACUGUCAAGAGGAGGCACAAACCCAGAGAAAAAGAACUUCAGAUGACCAGUCAGGACACACUCCCAGGGAGGGAGAGUUCCCCAGAGGCUGACAAGAUCUCAUUCUGCAUGCCAAAUGGUGGAUCAAUCAGGAAUCUCUCGCCACAGAAACCUCCGAUGCCCUGCAAACCAACACGAAAUUCUGCUGCAGCCCCAUUGGUAAAAGGUGGACCUCCUCAUAUUGUGCAAACCAGCAUGGGGCAGGACAUUGCCUUCACUGUCUCCUCUCCAAUACAAAGAGAGUGUCCGACUAUCAGUGGACUCCAGGACCAAAAGCAAGAAGAGAUUGUCCAAAAACAAAUAGAGCAGACCAGCAGUUCCCUGGUGGCAGCCCUUGAAGUGGUGGAGAGAAAUUUAGCUCAGAAGGAUCAGACUGACAGUGGAGUUUACACUGUGAGGUCAGCGGGUAACAUUCUGGAUGACAUCGGGAACAUGUUCGAUGAUUUGGCUGACCAGCUGGAUGCCAUGUUGGAUUAACCCACCAAUUCUUUCAUAUUGUACUGUUUAUGUACCAUUUUCGGGGGGACGGCGAGUCCUUUUGGCACGCUGUAAGAGGAUCCGAUCUCUAUAAAAUCUCCAGGUUCCUUCAAUUACUGCUUCUGAGUUAUGCUUUCCUUCUGGAUGGCCAAUAAAUCACUGGAUUCAAGAUGCCAUGUGGCUAUAGACUGUGGAUAUGCAAUCGUAGAAGUAAGAAAGAAACGAGACACCCAUCAGAGGUGCGAUUAUUUGCCGUGUUGGCUCACUCAGACAGGGUGUGGUCAUUUUGCUCCUGCCAGGACUUUAUAGCACUUGAUGUUUACUGUGUCCCAGAUUUGUGAGGAGAAAGAUUUUAAUUUCCUGUUGCACACGGCACAGGUAAGAAGCUAGUGUCGCAUUUCUGCUUUAUUCAGGCCCUAUACUGUAUAACGGCAUGAUAACUGCUAUUUUCCUGUGUGUCUAAAGUUUGCCAGAGUCGUCUUUGAUGAAAGUUACAUAUUUUCCAGACAAUAAUUUGCUUCAGAAUACUACCAUCCCUACAAACACAUUCUUUCUCGAAUACUCUUCUCACUGUUAUGUUGGUGGUAAACUGAAGGCAGUGUCGCUUCCGGUAACCAGCCUUAACUGCUGUAAAAACACUAACAAAUGCCUGAACUCCUGUAACUGCCCCCCAAAAACCCCGUGCCUUCCAUAAAUACAGUACAAAUUGUCACACUGCUGUCAUUGCUAGAGUAGCGUGCCCACUGUAAAAACACUAAGAAAUGGCCAAACUAUCAUAAUUGUUGGAUUUGCAUUUAUAUUUACCACAGAAACCCUAAAGUAAUGUAUUACUCCAACAGGAAACACUUUAACAACAGGGCAAAUCAUUAUACUUGCUGGCUUACUUUGCCUGCCAUAAAAACGUACACAACCCCCCCCAGCCAAACUACUAUAAUGACUGAAUUAUCAUGCCUUAAAAUAAGGUCGCACACACACAGCGCGGAAAAAAACCUGUCACAAAAGAGCAAAGCAUCGUCAAGACAAGUUUCAAGUCAAGUCAGGUUUAUUUGUAUAGCGCUUUUAACAAUAGACAUUGUCGCAAAGCAGCCUUACAGAAUUUUAAUGACUUUAAACAUUAACUAAUUUUAUCCCUAAUCUAUCACCCCACUGUCACUUCCAACGGUUAAUGGGGAUAUUGGGGGGAAAAAAGAAAGCCAAACUACUAUAAGUGCUGGAGUAUUUUGCCUACCAUAAAACCAUAAAUACCUUUUUGCCAAACUGCUAGAGCAGCCGUUAUAAACACUAACAAAUGGUCUGUGUUUUAACUGAUGGAGUCGCAUAUCUUACCAUAAAAACACUACAAAAUGGGAAACCAUAAUUUCUACAGUAGCGUGCUCACUGCAUGGGCAAACAACUUUAACCGCUACCAUCAGAAUAAUAACAAAUGCCUAAACUACUACGUUACUGCUAUCAGAGUAGGCCUGUCAUAAAAACCCCAGCAAAAUGGACAAACUACUACCAUUGCUAGAAAAGCAUGCCUACUGUAAAAACACUACAACAUGGGUAAACUAUAAGUGCAUUAAGUACAGUGCAUACCUCCGCCAAGCCACAUAUCUGGAUUUGCAUCAAAACCUGAUCUAUCGUUCCUUGCCCCAUGGCUCACCUUUCCUCAAAAUUUCAUCAAAAUCCAUUCACUACUUUUUGAGUUGCAUCGGGAACAGCCAAACAAACGGCAGCGAAAACAUAACCUUCUCCAACAACCUUGGUGGAGGUAAUAAUUGUAAGUGCUAAAAUAAACAUGUACCAUAAGAAAACUAAAAAAUGGCCAAAUUACUCUAACUGCUAUCAUAGUACAUCGAUGAUAAAAAGACACCAUGAACUCCAGUCCAACAUAGUGUUGGAGUUGCAUGCGUACUUUAAAAACAAUACAAAUGGGAAAACUACCAUAAUUGCACUGAGAAAUGGGCCAAUGACGGUAAUUUAAAUAAAAUAGAAAGCCUGCCUUAAAAACCCAUGUUAAUUAAGAUGAUGCAGAAUUGAUACAUGUCAAUUUGCUCAACCUGUUCGGGGCAAAUAUUUAACAGUUUUUCCACGAAAGCGAGUCGUACAUGAGCUGAGAGCUGACGAGGCGCGUAGCACGGAGUCGUCUAUAAUCCACGUACAACGAGAUUGAGUGGAAUAACUGUUUUAUUCUCUCCACAUUUACUGGAUUUUGAGAAACAGAGCAUUUUUAUUUUUUGCAAAUUCGAUAAAUAACAACUUUAUGCAAAUUGUCCGACAAAAUCAUUUCUGCUUAAAAUAUAAACAAACCGGCGAAAUGACAGGAGCGAUUUGUGAAAAAUGCGAUAAUAAUUAUUGAAAAAAAGAUAUGUUCUUACCAUCAAAUACUUUUAUUCCUUAAUUUGUUGCCCUUUUUUUUGUAUUUUUUUGGGGUUUUGUUUUCGAGUGGAGUUUUUAUUUCGUCCUUGGUUGGUUCAGCAACACGCUCCGCCAUUUUGUUUUUCUUUACUCACGGUAUAUGAGCUGAUAUCCGAGCAGUACAGUAGCCAGUCAGAGCGUAUGAUUGCUCAUAUCCAGUGAAUGUGGAUAGAAUAAAGAAAGUGUUUUAUUCUUUAAAAGAUAUUAAGUACCAAAGCCCAGGAUAUGAUAAAAUAUGAGUAAUGAUCCAUAAGUGCUGAGAUUUCUAAUAGCACAUAAACUCUACGGACCAAAUUUGUCAAACACUGACUGCAGAAUUAGGACCAAUGCUUUAUUUGCACUUAAUAUGAAGCAAGACAUUAUAUAGCAUACAUGAUACCUUAUAAUGCUAACAGUUGAUUGAUAACAAUUGACAACAGACUGAUUUAAAAAAAAAAAAAAAUAUAUAUAUAUAUAUAUAUAUAUAUAUAUAUAUAUAUAUUAAAGAACAACACAGCUAUCAGUUUUAAGUUACUUUUAAUGUUGUGGAAUGUCCACGGAGCAAGUUAGUAUCACUUAACAUUAUAGGAGCUAUAAACGGUAAUCCCCUAAGCAGCCUCACUUUUUCUCUCUCGGAGUUAAUAAAAUGCAAACAUGCAUGCUGUCAUGUUACUAAGAAACCGGAAAGCACAAACUCCUCCGUCCUGAAGACUUUCCAGUGGCGGAAAACGUACCGACUUCUGUAAAUCGCUGACGCUCUGGUCUCCUUCCAUGAAGGUUCCAUAAAAUGUCUCUUAACACAAACAUCACCACAUCAACAGCUAUUCAUUUUUCUUUGUUGAACAUGUUUUAUUAAUUUCUUUUAUGAUUAGCCUUAGAUCAUGUCGAGCGUCUGCCAUUCAAGGCCCUGUGAAUGAGUUGUUACUAUAGAAACGAUUGUAUUAAAACCAGCGCUUUAAUAAAACUAGCACUCUGUCAUUUAUGUUACAGUUUUAUAAAGUGUAAAGCACGUCACUGCACCCAUCCACAAACAUUUACACACGUUUAUCCUGGCCAUUAUAUGGUAUUAUGUAUGCUAUAUAACAUAACAUUGUAUAAAUGUGUUUAUAAUAGAUAAUGAAGACAUGAUUCAUCGUAAAUGUUGCCCUACUGUCUAUAUUAAAAAUUAUUGUAAAUAAAAACAAGCAACAAACAACACAUUAUUGCAGACACAGCCAAUGACCCUCAGAUACCUAAUAUGCAUUGUUAAUAGUGUUAAUAAUGAAGUCAUAGUUUUUUUUUAUAGCAAAGAAAGUAUUGAUAGCAUUGAAUGCAUGUAUAGUGUGUGUUUGUGUCCUUCAGUCCUAAUGCUGAUAAAAGGGAGAUUUCACUUGUCGUUUGCUCGAACGUUAAUUCAUACAGGGCCAUGUUCAGAGUUUUUGUUAUUAUAAUGCCUGCCAUUUUCUUAUUUAUAUAUUAUAUCAUUUUUUUGUUUUUUACUUUUCCAUUGAUAAGUUCUCUUACAUUGAUUUUCCAUUGUAUUGUAUUAUGUUUGUCGGGGAGGGGGAUAUUUUCUUCUAGUCAGCAUUUUCUAGUCCUGGUUUUUUUAUUAUUAUUAUUUUUUAAUAAUGAGGUUUCAGGGAAAGAGCUUCCGUUUAAUUACUCUGGUCUAGAGGCUACACUCUCAGAAAAUAAAGUGCAUUAUUGUACCUUUAGGGAUCUCCCAAGCUCGUCACUGCAUCAGUACCCUCUAAGGUAUUUAUUUGUACCCUUUAUAUACUGCUUGGGAACAUAUAUGGACCUUUUUGGCCCUAAAAAGGAACCCAUAGUUACCUUGAGGUCCAAUAAUGAACCCUAGGGAGUAUAUUAGUGUAGCUUGUACCUUGCGGGACAGAAAUGGACUCCUACUGUCCCCCUGUUUCUUUCUAACAGUAUAUAGACAAACCCUGUCAUGGACACUUCAGAAAAAUCUGGCAAGCUCCGAGGCCUCACCUACACGCAGGUGCUUUCCGUAAAUGGUGAACCCAGAAAAUCAACUUGCACAAGUGUGUAAUCCGACUCUGAAUACCAGGAAUGUUCGAUGUGUAAAUACUGACGUAACUUUUUCAACAUUAGUCACCAACUCUGAAUACGGCCCAUAAUUAUGAAACGUGAUCAUAUCCACAGAACCACUUUUGCUCAAAACAACAACGUACUAAACACAGCUGAACCAAAAAGAGGUAAUUUGAAUUUCAACACACUAAAGUGAUGAUCAAAUACAGUAUGCUUAUAAAUUUUAUUUUGCUACUCUUGUUGUCUUUGCACUGUAUAUUUACUGUAUGCACUAUACUGUAUUUAUUCUAUAUUUUAUUUUCGAUGGUUGUAUUCUCUGCAUGUACAAUACAAGCUAGCUUACCAAUACCAGACUGAAAAAAGAAAAGAUUUUUGUUAUAUUUGUGUAAUGUUUUGAUAACUUGCUCGGCCCAGCAGAGCCUGACUGCAAGAGGAAUAAAGCUUCCGAAACUUG